AUAAACCACAGCGAAGAAGAAGAACCGGCUAAAUCGACGUAUCAACACAUCCGCCAGGUGGACAGCUGACUGCAAGUCUGUUAUUAAGUCAUUUGAGACAUUUACAGCUAAAUAUGAUUAAAGCUAUUUUAAUAUUUAACAACCAUGGGAAACCACGACUCAUCAGAUUUUAUGAAUAUUUUGCUGAAGAUGUGCAGCAGCAGAUCAUUCGAGAGACUUUCCAUCUGGUGUCGAAGAGGGACGACAACGUCUGCAACUUCUUGGAGGGGGGAAGUUUGAUCGGUGGCUCGGACUACAAGUUGAUCUACCGGCACUACGCAACACUGUACUUUGUGUUCUGUGUGGACUCCUCUGAGAGUGAGCUCGGUAUUCUGGAUCUAAUACAG